AUGGCCAGUGAUACCACCGCCAUCACCGUGACGACCCCAGCGUGUGAACCAGAGCUCCUCGAUGGCGUCGACCGCGAGCUCCUUGACGCCGUCGUCCUCGUCGAGCGUGCGCCAGACGAGCUUGCGACAAAUGUCGAUGCGUUGCUCCUCGGUGGCGACGACGCCGUAGAGCGUCUUGAGGAGCCGCACGACGCGCUUGCGCACGCCGAGGCCGGUGUCGGUGAUGCGUUCGGCGAUCUGCGGGAGGUAGCGCGUCGCGAGGGCGGGGCGGUUGACGACGUACUUGCCGACGAGCUCGAUCGCGGCGUCGCGCACGGCGGGCGAGCCGUCGUGCAUGCGAUGUUCGAUGCCGGCACGGACCUCGGAGCGGUGGAAGAGCUCCGGGUCCUGCGCGACGAGCACGCCGAUGCCGCGCAGGGCCUUGGUGCGCAGCGCGACGGCCGUCGACUCGGAGCUCUCGACGACGAGCGCGAGGAUCGAGUCGUACAGGCCGGCAAGGGGUCGGCCCCGCGCAAGCUGGACGGCGAGAUCGUCGACGACGGGCUGCUCGGCUUCGGGGGAGGGGCCAAAGACGUCGUCGUCGCUCGGAAGGAUCCAGGCCGUCGUGGCGUGGUGGCGCAGUCGUGCGUGGAACGACUGCGCGAGCCGACCGGCCUCGGUGUGUUCGAGUUCCUCGGCCGUGUAGUGCGCGAGCAACGACGUCGACUUGUGCAGCGCUACGACGAGAUCGGCUCCGAGAGUCGCGGCUGCAAAGUCGGCGACGCCGUCGUGUUGGUCGCGACGCACGAGGUGGCGCACAACGGCGCGUUGCGCCUUGACGUACGUGUCCAACGCGGCGACGUCCUCUUUGCUGACGAUAUCGCCGAGGUUCCCCAGCACAAUCGACGCGGUCGAUGGCGUCGAGGAGGGGGGUUCGCUCGCAGCGUCCUGGCGCAGCCUUGCUCCGAUCGAGCAAAGGUGA